UUCCGGAUUGGAUCAUUUCCGGUUAGGAAGUUGUCCGUUCAAAACAGAUACUAGCUCUUCGUUUAAAUAUUUUGCAACUUUCAAUGAGUUUAACGUUUCUUAAAUACUAGAAGUGUCGUGCUUGUUGUUCACAGACUGCUGUAUCCAUGGAGACACCAGAGCCUGGUCCAGCAGAUGGAGAGGAACGUCUGGUGGAGCUGCGACCUCGAACACGCUCCAACCCAGAGGGUGCUGAGGACCGUCGCAGCAGCACGGGCAGCCUGGGAGGCAACAGUAACCCAAACAUGUCGCAGCCUGCAGUGGGCAGCCGUGUGGAGGGGGAGGGUGAGGCUUCAACCAGCGACAGUCCUUCAAGUUCCACCACCACGACCGUCUCGACGGCUGCAGCUCAGACUGUAGUUCCCGCUGCAGCUGCGGUGGCGGCUGCAGGCAGUGCCACGGUGCCUCUGUCUACUGCAGCUGUUGCAGCCAAAGAGAGGCCAAAGCCCACGCAGCAACAGCCCACACUGACAACCACCAUCCCUCCACCAGCAGAGUACCAGCUGCGAGUCCCCCGCGUCAACUGCCCAGAGAAAGUGAUUAUCUGCUUAGACCUUUCUGAGGAGAUGUCUUUGCCAAAGUUAGAGUCUUUUAAUGGGUCUAAAACAAAUGCCCUGAACAUAUCUCAGAAGAUGAUUGAGAUGUUUGUCAGAACUAAACACAAGAUUGACAAACGGCAUGAGUUUGCCCUGGUUGUAGUCAAUGAUGAUGCCCUAUGGCUGUCAGGUUUCACGUCUGAUCCCAGGGAGCUAUGCAGCUGUCUAUAUGAUCUGGAGACCAAUGUGUGCGAGUCCUUCAUAGACCUGGAAGAUCUUCUAAAUGUAAUUCGCCAGAAGAUUGAGCUACCUUUGAUGGAGAACGUUCAGACCAUCCCACCUCCUUAUGUGGUGCGGACCGUGCUCAUCUACAGCCGACAUGCGGGACAGCUCCAGUUCAACCCCUCUGAGGCUGUUAGUAAAAUGCUGCAGUCGCCUUAUUUUUUCUUUGAUGUGGUCUAUCUACACAAUGGCAUGGACGAGCAGGGGGAUGAGACAAGCUGGAGGGACAACUAUACCUCUUUCUGCAACUUGGACUCAAAGGGCAUGUGCUACCGCUUUGAGGUUUCCCUGAGUGGACCUGCUAUCGAGCUGCACAACUGCAUGGCCAAACUUCUGGCUCACCCUUUGCAGAGACCUUUCCAGAGCCAUGCAUCGUACAGCCUGCUGGAGGGGGAAGACCCUCAGGACAUUGAGGCAACAGUCUAAAAUCAAUCUCACUCACAAAGCCCUGCUUCUCUGUGAAAUAUGCACACUUUAGUUUAUGGGAAAAAAAUGGCAAGGGGGUUUUUCCAAGAACACCUUAUCACUGAUGUUUUAUUUCCACUCCCUGCUAUUGAGCAAUAAUUGGUAAGAAGAUUUGUCAUAGUUAUGAAGAAAAAAUAUGAAUUCAGGAGGACAAUGUUAAAACUGAAUUAUUAGAUUUCCUGUAAGAGUAUGAAUGAGCCAUUUAUUGUCCUCAUCUGGGGAAGUGAUAAACCGAUCUAGGUUGUAAGUGUUAAAACUGCUGGAAGUUUCCUGGUAAUGAACUGGAUAUGAGUGAGUCCAGACAAGGACACAAGCAUCAGGCUUUGUUAAACUUACUCCCUUGCCAUUUGUUUUUUCUACACACUGAUCUUUCUGGAAGUCUUAAAGGGGGAAAUCAAAUAAGUGACAAUAGCUAUGACAGUUUUCCAUGCCAGGUCCUUUUGGGAUGAUGAAGUAAUGAACAUACUGUAUGAUGGAGGUUAAAACUUCUGUAAUAUUCCCUUCCCUCUUUAGUUGAUAAUUUCCAACUUUGUUGCCUGUUUUUAAUGUAUUUUUUUUAUUUUCUGAGGGGUUGUUUUCAAUCAUUUGUUCAUUUGUCACUCUUGUGUGUUACACAAAGAAAGAAAGAAUGUACAGUAAAAUAGAUGAGGCUUCAUUUGAUUUAAAUAUGUUCCUUGACAAUGAUCCCCCUGGAGUCAAUGGUUUGAUUGUGGAAAAGGCCCCUCGUAUGGCUGGCCGAGCUGCACUUGAAAUAGAUUAUAUAGAUUAACUGAAUUUUGAAGCUCAUUCUGAGUAUUAAAAAAAGACGUGUAAUCAUA